AUGAAUUUGUCACUACCCCAACAAUUUUGGACAAAAUUAUUUAUUGUAUUAAAUAGUUGUUUUGUUAUAUUUGGUAUUGUACUACUUGCAUUGGGUAUUAAAGGAUUAGAAACAUUGAAUAAAUUCGGUACAAUUUUAACUGGAAUCAUACCGCCUAUCAUUCCAAUAGCAAUAUUUAUAGGAUGCCUUAUUUUAAUUGGUACAACGAUUGGUUAUAUUGGAUUAUGGAAACCGAAGAAAUUCAUUGUUAUACUACAUAUUGCAUGUUUAUGUCUUGCAGUAAUUAUUGAGAUUGCCAUAGCAACAGCAACAGCUACUAUGGGAGAAAAAUUUCAAACAGCCGCUAAUCAUUCAGUAUUACAAGCUGUGAAACAAUUUUAUUCAAAUCCUUAUUGUCAAGUAGAAAUGGAUAAAUUACAAAGAAACUAUAGAUGUUGUGGAGCUACAUCAUAUUUGGAUUAUGUACAAACAAAUAAAACUGUACCAUUCUCUUGUUUUAUUGGUACAUUAGUUUAUGCAAGAGGUUGUGUAGAAGCAUUCAGUGAUUAUGCCCAACAUUAUAUCGUUGCAUUAAUUACUAUGUGCUUUGUAUUUGGUAUUAUUAAAGCUAUUUAUCACAUAUUUGAUGAUGAUGAUGCUUUGGAUGACGAUGAUACUUUGGAUGAUGAUGCUUUGGAUGACGAUGAUGAUGAUGCUUUGGAUGAAGAUGAUGAUGAUGCUUUGGAUGAUGAUGAUGAUGAUGCUUUGGAUGACGAUGAUGAUGAUGCUUUGGAUGACGAUGAUGAUGAUGCUUUGGAUGAUGAUGAUGAUGAUGAUGAUGAUGAUGAUGAUGAUGAUGAUGAUGGUUUGGAUGAUGAUGAUGAUGAUGAUGAUGAUGAUGAUGAUGAUGAUGAUGAUGAUGAUGAUGAUGAUGAUGAUGAUGAUGAUGAUGAUGAUGAUGAUGAUGAUGAUGAUGAUAUGAUGAUGAUGAUGAUGAUGAUGAUGAUGAUGAUGAUGAUGAGAUGA